UUUAUAUCUCACAAUGAACCGAGUUACAACAGUCUUACUGAUAUUUUACGUUUUUAAUAAUCUUUUACAAGUUGUGCAUAUGCGUGUAGAACUUAGCGAUUUUUAUCCAUAUGGACCUGAUAAUGGCGAUAAAUCAGUACCAAAGGGUGAUGAUAAAAGUUCUGGUCGUGUAAAUAUUUCGUUUCAUUUUCCUUUCUUUGACACAGAUCAUUAUUCUCUAUUUAUAAACAUCAAUGGAGUUAUCUCAUUCCUUCAAGAAUUUAUACUAUACAAACCUGACCCAUUCCCUUUGGGAAACAAUAGUCGUCUAAUUGCACCCUUUUGGGCAGAUGUCGACACCAGAAGAGGAGGCAAUAUAUAUUACAGAGAAAGUCAAGAUCUUGCUAUUCUAAAAAGAGCUUCAGCGGAAGUUAGAAAAUAUGAAGUUAGUCAAAGGCGAUUCUUUGCAAAGUGGGUCUUGAUUGCUACAUGGUUAAAGGUUGCACCUUAUGGUGGCUCUUCGGAUCGUAAUAACAGCUUCCAAGUGAUUUUAGCAACAGACGGUAUUAAUUCAUUUUCAAUAUUUUACUACAAUAAAAUCAAAUGGACAUACGGUAGUGAGAGUGACGAAAUUCCAGCACAAGCUGGUUUCAACGCAGGUGAUGGUAAAAACUUUUUAAACAUUCCAAAUUCUCGUACUCCUGAGAUAGUCAACAUUACUUCAACAUCUAACAAACAGAAGCCUGGAGUAUGGUUUUUUAAAGUCGAUGGAGAAACAGUGAAAAACGAAGAGUGCAAGGAAAGUGGAUAUUUGGUGAUUUCACCUAGAUCGGGGAUUGAGUUAGGUGGAACAGAAGUUUAUGUUGGUGGACCCUGUUAUAAGCCUGGAUAUACUAUCAUUUGUCGCUUUAUGGGGAAAUUAACUUCAAAAGCAAAAUACAUUAGUCCAGAACAAACUUCUUGCAUCACCCCUCCACUCUAUGUGAGUGGCCGUAUUUUAUUUGAGCUGUCUUUGGAUGGUGGUGCUACCUACAAUUUUAAUGGCAGCUUCCGAUCAAUACCAUUAGGAAGAAAUCCACCAGACGUUCAAGGAUUGGAAGUGGAAAAGUGGGCAGAUUCCACCAGAACAGUUUUGACGUGGAAUAAAAACGAAAUAAACUCUUCACAUGUGAACAUCACAAUCCAAAAUGGAUUUUUUCUCCAGAAACUGAACGAUUUAGUCACUUUUCACGAUGUUCCUAAUUCUGGACGCUAUGAACUUGAUUUCAGUUAUGGUAGUAUCUUAAAGAACUCAAGAAACAAACGAAAAAGAAGAAGUCUUACGUCUCCAAUUUCAAUUCUUAACAUUAAGGCAUCAUCACCUGGCAAAAAUUCAAAAACGCUUUUUAGUGCUGUUUUUAUUUCAUCACGUGACCCAUGUGCAACAUAUCUCUCAUUUUUAGAUGGAAUCAAUGUGAAAGAGUUGUCUGCAUGCCCUACGAGCAUACGACAAGCAAGAGUAGAUGAGCAAUUUGUCGAAGAUGUUGGAGUUAAAAGCCGUUUGAUAAACUACUUUCAUUCUGGCAAGACAUCUUGUUAUCGAUCACGAAGUUCCAGUGCAUCAGGUAAAGAGCAACAAUGUUGCUAUAGUGAUCAAGGAAAGCUAAUAGUGGGACCUCCACGUGGUGGAACACCGGAUAGGGAAUCACCUGAGAACAGUGUAUGGAAUCAUUAUAGAAAAGAUGUGUUACCUUUUUAUGCUUGUUGUCAUUCCCUGAAAACUUGUGGUCAAUACUACAGCAAACGGCCUUCUGAUGAUGGUGCUGGAUAUGUACCACCACCUGUUGCUGAUACCAGGGGAGAUCCUCACUUGUCCACAUUUGAUGGAACAUUUUAUACAUUUAAUGGUCAUGGUGAAUAUGUUCUCUUACAUAUCAACAAUGGUGAUGAUCUACAAUUUCAAGGAAGAAUGAUACCAAUUCUUGAUGAUCAAGGCAAAACCACGAAAGCAACUGCACUCACAGCAUUUGCCAUAAAGGAAGCAGAAAGUGAUACUAUACAGGUUGAGUUCAACAAAAGGCAAAAAAUUAUUGUUUAUUCCAACGGAGAAAAAAUUGAAUUCGAUGAGCAAACGAGACUGGACUUUAAAGAAGUUUUUCUUAUCAAACAUAAUGUAACAAAAAUUGGUAUUUACUUCUCGUCUGGAGUGUCUGUUGAGACAAAGUCAAUCGAAGAUUUUUUAAACUAUCAAAUUUCAAUCCCACAGAAGUUUAAAGGAAAUACAUCUGGACUUCUUGGCUUUUGGGACGAUAGUACCGAAAAAGAAUUUUUAUUGCCAAAUGGAAGCUUCAUUCAAACUAAUUCAAGUGAUCGAACCUUACAUUAUGAAUUCGGCUUAAAAUGGAUUGUCAACAGCAGCAAAACUUUGUUCAAAUACCCAAGUGGAAAGAGUUAUAACAGUUUUGUUGAUCAGACAUUUACACCAAAGUUUUUGGAUGAGUCAAACACAUUAUUUUCUGACGAUGAUUUGGAGCGGCGAGCAAGAUCUGUCUGUGGUGAAAACAAAGAAUGUUUAUUUGAUGUCGCUGUCACAGGAAAGACAAGUAUUGGCGAAGCAACUUUAAAAUCUUUUGAAGAACUGCAAAUAAGAAAAAUGACUCCAUUGUUGUCGCGGCUCCUGUCUAUUUUGGUUGUGAUGGUAUUCAAGACAGUGAAAAUAAAACAGACUUUUGUGGUGUUUGUGGAGGUAAUAAUUCCACGUGCACAAAUUGUCAAGGUGUUGUCCAACCUGGGUUUAUUGCAAAUGUAACUUGUGGUGUUUAUCAAGAAUGGAGUGAAUGGAGUGUUUGUUUCAAGAAAAACGACAAAGAUACGAAAA